AAAACCAUUUAGUGUACCACAAAACCAUUCAUGAAAGUGGACGUGUUUUUUCACCUCUGAUAGAAGACAAGUCAAACGCGAAAGAGCAUCACAUCAAACAGUAGUACAUUGACUCGGUUAAAUAACUCAAGUUAAUGCUUUGUAGCGAAAUAUUGGUGAUUUGAAAAACUAAGCAAAAUUAUAUAGCUCAAGUGACCAAUCAAAUCAGUAAAAUUAAAAGAAACAAAUAAUAUCCGAUCGAUAUUUAUUGAUUGUUUGACAAUAUUACGUCGUAAUUUUCUAGUUUUAUUCAAGUAACAAAUAAACUUGCAACGGAUAUUGAAUGAAAAAAAAAUUGAAUGAACUAAUCGAUGUGUGUAAAUUGUGGGCCGCUCGGAUUAGCUCAACGACAAUUGAAAUAGCCUUAGAUUACCCCUUCUUUGUAUACCAGAAAGGAGCUGCAAACAAGAUGAUCAAACUACUUUUAGCUGUUCUAGUCUUGUGCACUUUUUCUUCGUUCAUUGCAGCAGAAGAUGUCAAAACCCCCCCAAAAUCCGUAAAAAUUACUAUUGACGAUGCCCGCGACAAACGACAACUUAGUAAUUUUAAUGAGAAUCCCAAACGGACUAUACAAAGACGAAUUACUACAAACUAUUCACCCUACCCAGAUUCGUCGUCCUCAUCAUUGGGCUAUGUUAGUUCCCACAAUAGCGGCUAUGAAAAAGACUUUCCAUUAACAUAUCCAAAUGUUCAAAACUAUGGACCCACCUAUUCAAUACAGCCAAGCCAAUACGUUGGUGGCUAUCAGCAGCAACAGUAUGUGGAAGCACCUGAACCAAUAAUUGAAAUCAUCAUCAAAGAUAGUAACGAAACGCUUCCAACACCGGAGCCGGUCAAAUAUCAACCACCAAAAAAGAAAAAGGAGCAAGUGCAAGUAUUUUAUGUGAAGUACAAUAAAGACGAAAAGAAAGGUCUCAUUAUAGACGAUCCAAUUCCAGCACUAACGCCGACUCAUUUUAAUCAAGACGAAAGUCAAGAAGAGGAUGAAACAGAUGCAGCCCCAUAUGCUGCUCCAGCCACUGUUUCACCACCCGUAUAUUCUACAACACUGCGAACAAUUAUAAAGCCUGAUUCCGAAGUAUACCAUAGUAAUAGUGGCAUACAAGUUACAUUCAACACUGAGAGUAAACAUCAAACCGGUCAUGAGUUUCAGGAGCAUUACGAAGAGAGUGCACUCCAACCGAUAAUUAGUGAAUUACAUAGUCCCAGCAUAGAACACACACCUCAUGUGGCUCCUUCAUUUUCUCAGCGACUUCCGUUGCCACCAAAUCAUCAGCUGAACAAUGGAAAUGAUAGAGCACGUGCUUUUGAUAUCCCGGGUACACAUUCAUUGCCACCGCAAAAUGUCCAUCGAUUUGGACCGCCUACCCAAUUGAAUACGCCACAAUUCUUGAGACCAACAGCCGAUCAAGGACUUCUACUAAGCUAUACGCAAAAUCAAGCAAACCGCUUACUUCAAUCCCAAAAUUUUGACAACCGUUUCAAAAAUAUUCCAACACCCACAAACAGUCCACCUAAUCACCGAUUCUCUCCCGACGCACAUAUUUUGAACUUUGGUCCACCAUCAAAUUCAGUACCGAUAAAAUUCCGUACACAAUCAUCAAUAAACCAUCAACCAAAACCAAUACCAAUUCCAUUGCAUCAUGGCGAAAAAAGGCCACACGAAUCGCCGUCCGGUCAACAUCUGAAUCAUCAUCAACAUUACACAAAUUUCAAUCAAUUCCGUUUGAAACCUCAAGCAUAUUCAACGCAUCAAAGUGCCAAUCAAUUUCAACAAUCAUUUCCACAACCAAUCCGCGUAUCCAACCAACAAAAUACGGUUGAAUCAACCAAUCAUCGACUGGCACCGCAAUCAACAAAUCAACCCGUGGAUUCCAAUCGAAAUUCGAAUUUCGCAUCGCAAGAAAAUCUGCAAAAUAAAUUGAUCUUUCAGCAAAAAAGUGCUAUUCUGGGACAAACUGCUGCAAAUGGUAUUUUCAAUCAACAGAAUCAGCCUCUUUUUGCUGGAAACACUCAAGAAUUUAAUCGUCUUGUAUCUGGCGCUGAAUUGGUCGAAUCACUUCCCAAAUUUGAGCAACAUAUUACCGAAACUGUUCCUCUGAGCGAAAUCAACAAGCCUUUCAGUCCAUUUAGGCAACUAACUUCAAUACAAUCGAGUAGCGUGCACAUUGAUUCACCGCUGACACAUCAGCGGCCACAUCAUAUCCAAAAUCCUGGUCUCAUCCACCAGCAAGAACAACAGCCGAAGCACAUUCAAGAUGAAAAACUCUAUUUACAACAGUCAUUUGAAAACUCAAAACCAUUACAAUUGCAACAGCGUCAGCAUCAGCAUGCACAACAACAACAACUACAACAAACGCAACAACAAACACAACAGAAAACAAUCUACCACCAUGAAUCAACAAAUGCAAAUUCACUUUCACCACAAAUCGUAUUUCCAGUUAACUACCCCAACAAAAACUAUGAAUUGCAAGAUCAAAAAACGUACAAUGCAAUUUCAUCACCACUGUCAAAUCGGCCGGCACCCGUGUUUAACGAAAAAGUGAUUCCAGGAAAGGGAGUUUCGAACUUGGCAACUGAUGUAUUUGGGGAUUUGAGCCAAUCGAAUUACUAUAACGAAAAAGUGACGAACUCACAGGCUAGCAGUCGACAUCGUGUAGCACCAUCAUCCGAGCACCUGGACAGUAGCUUGUCAUCAUUAAAUAGUGUGAGCACAGAGCGCAAUUUCGUCACAAAUUAUGUGUCAUCGCCAUCAUCAACUACACGCAAGGUAACCCUUUCUCCUUCAUCAUUCGGACCAACAACGAUAACAUCAUCAUCAACAACAACAACAACAACGACAACAACAGUUAAACCAACGUCAAAAAAAGUUAAUUUACCGGAUGAGGUCCCAGAUGAUUUAAGACAACAACUCCUUUCAUCGGGAAUUUUGGAUAAUGCUGACAUAAGUGUUUUAGAUUACGACAAAGUCGGCGAUAUUCCAUUGGAGUCCCUUCCACCUGAACACUUGGCUAAUUUUUAUGGUGCGGGCGGUGCUGCUCAAAUCUCCAGUUCAAAUCGUGUUUUGAACAUAGUGAAACCGAACGGUGAUACUGUGACUGGACUACAAUAUACAGAUGAUGAAAAAAUCGAGGAGAAGAAAUCGAAAUUGUUACCAAAAAAACAUAAUGUAGACCUCAAAGUUGUGCGAUUUGAUUCGAGCAAUCAGAAAAGUAUUACAAACAAGUACAUAAAACCUGACUCAACUGUGCUACCGUCCGUUGACAUCAAUUCAAAUCAAGACUACAACAGGUACUUACCUGUAAAAGUGAAUGGUGAGCAAUUUCCAAUCCCUGACGUUGAAUCAUUGCGCAACAAAAAGAUUUCCAGUGUGGUCGUCUUGGCCCCAGUUGAUGGAUUAAGCUCAAGUGACAGUGUCGAUGAUGAAGAUGUCAUUGAAGAUGGUCGAUAUGAAAGAGACGUGGUCGAUUCGAAAGAAAUAAAAUUUUUAGCUGGUGAUUCAUUAAAAAACCUUUUACGUAAACCCACGAAGGAAAAUUUCAAACGUUGGCUAGAUAAAGAAGCUAAGACAGAUGUUGACAUGCAGAGCGUCGUUUUAUUAGUUGUGCGGUAAGUUUCUAAUAUAAAAUCAACUUAAUGACA